GGUUGGUGUUGCUUCUGCUUUUGCUGUUGUUGGUAGGUCUCUUUGGAUUCGACGUUGACUCCCACCCUGUAUAAAAGCCUCCUUCGGACCGGCAUCAGUUCAGUCUUCUUGAGUUGUUCGGCCACACUGUGAAUCGUUUUAUGAUCAUUACAACACUUAACAACCAUCGAGUUACAUCAAAUAAACUCUAAUCACUAUCGGGCUUAAACAACUACCAUGAUAGUUUGCUAUUAGAACAACAACAUCAAACAGUAUUGGAACUACUUAUCCAUACAAGUUUCAUCACCAAUUUAUCCUAAGGAUGUAUGGACAAGUGUGGGCAGCUUUUACCCUGGUGGUUGCAGGAGCUGUGCUGCAAAUUACGUCGGCGCAAGAUGCUACUACUACAGAUUUUAGAGAAGGAAAAGAACUCAUAUUAAGUAUUUCUGAUGACUCUAAAACACAAUAUUUGAAUCAAGAUUUUGAAACGAACGCUUAUAAUUAUGGUUAUGAAAUUGGACCAGAUGGCCAGUUUCAUCAUGAAAUACACGGAGAAGAUGGAGUAACAUAUGGAUGUUAUGGAUAUGUGGAUCCCUUUGGAGAACUCAAAGCGACUUUUUAUAUAAGCGACGGAUGGGGUUAUAGGGUUGUUCGCCCAGGAGAGGAUAUUGAAUUAUUUCUACAUGAACAUGAACAUCAUCAUGGUGAUUCAGAUUCUAACAGUCACAAUCACGAUCACGACAAUAACCACAGUGAAAGUGAUCACCAUGAACAUCAUGGAAUUAUCACCCCUUGGAGAAAUUUGAAAUUCCCAAAAGAUUGUCGUCAAUUUGAAAACACCGGUGUCAUACGACCAACACGACCAUCGGUUCCAUCUAAACCAGUUCCUGUAGAACCAGAUAAUGGAUUACCAUCUGAGACAAAUAAUAUUCCAGGAUCUUCAUAUCCUGGUCAACCUGGUAGUCAAGGACCAUCAGGACCCGAAUAUCCUAACGGACAAUACCCAGACCAAACUGGAGGAGGUUCAAACUCCAAACCUACAGGUGAAAAUUAUCCAUCUGGACCAAAUUAUCCCAGUCAACCUGGGUAUCCAGGUCAACAAGGAUCUCCCGGUAAACCAGGAUAUCCACAUCAACCAGGGUAUCCAGGUUCACAAGGAUCUCCCGGUAAACCAGGAUAUCCACAUCAACCAGGGUAUCCAAGCCAACAAGGAUCUCCCGGUAAACCAGGAUAUCCACAUCAACCAGGGUAUCCAGGUCAACAAGGAUCUCCCGGUAAACCAGGAUAUCCACAUCAACCAGGGUAUCCAAGCCAACAAGGAUCUCCCGGUAAACCAGGAUAUCCACAUCAACCAGGGUAUCCAGGUCAACAAGGAUCUCCCGGUAAACCAGGAUAUCCACAUCAACCAGGGUAUCCAAGCCAACCAAAUAAUCUUGGACAAAAACCCAGUGGAAAUGAAUAUCCUUCGACGUCAAAUCCGAUUCCAGUAAAACCUGGAACGCCUUCACAUCGUCCACCACAUAAUAAACCAGGAUCAACGAAACCUGGAAAGCCAACACAUUCGAAACCUGGAAGACCUGGUAAACCCAACAAACCAGUGAGUGGUCACGAAAAACCAUCAAACGACAAUAGUAAGCCGCCAUAUGGACAAGAGAAUCCAAACCAUGAAAAACCGACACAUGGGCAUAAACCAGGGCAUGGAAAACCACCACCAGAAUCUGGUACACCAGGUAAACCUGGAUAUCCCAUAACACCAGAUCAACCAUCGUAUCCAUCUUUGCCGCCAUCGUAUCCAUCACAACCACAAUACCCCUCGGCACCCCAGUUUCCAACCCCAAUACAGCCUGGAGCACCACCUCAAGAACCAAGUCAAACUGGAUCACCAACAUCUGGAAAUCCUUCAUACCCAACUCAAACACAAUAUCCAUCAGGUGCAGGAAACAAGCCAUAUCCAUCACAACCAGGGCAUAAUCAACCGGGACAUGGAAGCAUACCAUCCAAUCCAUCUACUUCAGAGUAUCCUAAACCGAUAAAUCCAGGAGGUCCAACUCAAAUACCCCCCUUAACUGGAUCAGCACCCUCGGGUGGGGCUUCACAUCCAAACUAUCCACAGUACCCUUCGGGUCCAGAAAGUGGAUAUCCAGGUAGCCAGAACAAACCUGCAGACGGAUCAUAUCCGACUACAACGGAGCCUCAACCUCCCUACCAGAAACCUGGUACGUCUCAAACUGGAUCAAUACCAUCGAGUGGAUCUACACAUCCUUCUCAACCACAACAUCCUUCAGGAGGUGGAUAUCCUUCCAACCAAGUACAGCAUGGAAGUGGAUCAUAUCCAUCAACAACAAAGCCUCAACCUCCCUACCAGAAACCUGGUACAUCUCAAACUGGAUCAAUACCAUCGAGUGGACCCUCGUAUCCGUCUCAACCACAACAUCCUUCGGGAGGUGGAUAUCCUUCAAACCAAGGUCAGCAUGGAGAUGGAUCACAUCCUUCUCAACCACAAUAUCCUUCAGGUUCAGAAAGUGGAUAUCCUUCUAACCAAGGUCAGCAUGGGGGUGGAUCAUAUCCUUCGAGGCCUCAACCUCCUUACCAAAAACCUGGUACGCCUCAAACUGGAUCAAAACCAUCGAGUGGAUCGUCGUAUCCAUCUCAACCACAGCAUCCUUCGGGAGGUGGAUACCCUUCUAACCAAGGCCAACAUGGAAGUGGAUCGUAUCCGUCGACAACAAAGCCGCAACCUCCAUACCAGAAACCAGGCAUAUCUCAAACUGGAUCAACACCAUCCGUAGGACCUUCAUAUCCAACCCAACCACAAUAUCCAUCGGAUGCAGGAAAUAAGCCAGGGCAGCAAGAAAUACCAUCUUAUCCACCGUCGCCAGAAUUUCCUAAGCCAAUAAAACCAGGAAGCUCGGGUCAAGCACCACCUUCAACUGGAUUAAUACCCUCGGAUGGACCCUCAUAUCCUUCUCAACCACAAUAUCCUUCAGGUCCGGGAAGUGGAUAUCCAUCUUAUCAAGGUCAGCAUGGGGGUGGAUCAUAUCCUUCAAAGCCUCAUCCUACUCACCAGAAACCUGGCAUGUCUCAAACUGGAUCAAUACCAUCAAGUGGACCCUUGUAUCCGUCUCAAUCACAGCAUCCUUCAGGAGGAGGAUAUCCUUCUAACCAAGGACAGCAUGGAAGUGGAUCGUAUCCGUCGCAAACAAAGCCGCAACCUCCCUACCAGAAACCUGGUACGCCUCAAACUGGAUCAAAACCACCGAGUGGAUCUUCACAUCCUUCUCAACCACAAUAUCCUUCAGGUCCAGAAAGUGGAUACCCUUCGAACCAAGGCCAGCAUGAAGGUGGAUCAUACCCUUCAAAGCCUCACCCUCCGCACCAGAAACCUGGUACGCCUCAAACUGGAUCAAUACCAUCGAGUGGAUCUACACAUCCUUCUCAACCACAACAUCCUUCAGGAGGUGGAUAUCCUUCCAACCAAGUACAGCAUGGAAGUGGAUCAUAUCCAUCAACAACAAAGCCUCAACCUCCCUACCAGAAACCUGGUACAUCUCAAACUGGAUCAAAACCAUCGAGUGGACCCUCGUAUCCAUCUCAGCCACAGCAUCCUUCGGGAGGUGGAUAUCCUUCUAACCAAGGACAGCAUGGAAUUGGAUCGUAUCCGUCGACAACAAAGCCGCAACCUCCAUACCAGAAACCCGGCACAUCUCAAACUGGGUCAAUACCUUCUGUGGGAUCUUCAUAUCCAACCCAACCACAAUAUCCAUCAGGUGAAGCAAAUAAGCCAUAUCCACCACAACCGGGUCAACAACAGUUUCCUUCAGAGCAUGAGACCCCAUCACAGGAGCAGAAUAAACCGGAAAAAGAAGAAAUACCAUCUUAUCCAUCAUCACCAGAAUUUCCUAAGCCAAUAAAACCAGGAAGCUCGAGUCAAGCACCACCUUCAACCGGAUUAAUACCCUCGAAUGGACCAUCAUCUCCUUCCCAACCACAAUAUCCUUCGGGUCCUGGAAGCGGAUACCCUUCUAACCAAGGUCAGCAUGGAAGUGGAUCAUAUCCUUCGAGGCCUCAACCUCCCUACCAGAAACCUGGUACGCCUGAAACUGGAUCAAUGCCAUCGAGUGGACCCUCAUAUCCGUCUCAACCACAACAUCCUUCGGGAGGUGGAUAUCCUUCCAACCAAGGUCAGCAUGGAGGUGGAUCAUAUCCUUCUCAACCACAAUAUCCUUCAGGUCCAGAAAGCGGAUAUCCUUCUAACCAAGGUCAGCAUGGGGGUGGAUCAUAUCCUUCGAGGCCUCAACCUCCCUACCAGAAACCUGGCACGCCUCAAACUGGAUCAAAACCGCCGAGUGGAUCUUCACAUCCUUCUCAACCACAAUAUCCUUCAGGUCCAGAAAACGGAUAUCCUUCUAACCAAGGUCAGCAUGGGGGUGGAUCAUAUCCUUCGAGGCCUCAACCUCCCUACCAGAAACCUAGCACGCCUCAAACUGGAUCAAAACCGCCGAGUGGAUCUUCACAUCCUUCUCAACCACAAUAUCCUUCAGGUCCAGAAAGCGGAUAUCCUUCUAACCAAGGUCAGCAUGGGGGUGGAUCAUAUCCUUCGAGGCCUCAACCUCCCUACCAGAAACCUGGUACGCCUCAAACUGGAUCAAAACCACCGAGUGGAUCUUCACAUCCUUCUCAACCACAACAUCCUUCGGGAGGUGGAUAUCCUUCUAACCAAGGUCAGCAUGGAAGUGGAUCAUAUCCAUCAACAACAAAGCCUCAACCUCCCUACCAGAAACCUGGUACAUCUCAAACUGGAUCAAAUCCACCGAGUGGAUCUUCACAUCCUUCCCAACCACAACAUCCUUCGGGAGGUGGACAUCCUUCAAACCAAGGUCAGCAUGGAGAUGGAUCACAUCCUUCUCAACCACAACAUCCUUCGGGAGGUGGAUAUCCUUCCAACCAAGGACAGCAUGGAAGUGGAUCAUAUCCAUCAACAACAAAGCCUCAACCUCCUUACCAGAAACCUGGUACGCCUCAAACUGGAUCAAAACCACCGAGUGGAUCUUCACAUCCUUCUCAACCACAACAUCCUUCGGGAGGUGGAUAUCCUUCCAACCAAGGUCAGCAUGGAGAUGGAUCACAUCCUUCUCAACCACAACAUCCUUCGGGAGGUGGAUAUCCUUCCAACCAAGGUCAGCAUGGAAGUGGAUCAUAUCCAUCAACAACAAAGCCUCAACCUCCCUACCAGAAACCUGGUACGUCUCAAACUGGAUCAAUACCAUCGAGUGGACCCUCGUAUCCGUCUCAACCACAACAUCCUUCGGGAGGUGGAUAUCCUUCAAACCAAGGUCAGCAUGGAGAUGGAUCACAUCCUUCUCAACCACAAUAUCCUUCAGGUCCAGAAAGUGUCUAUCCUUCUAACCAAGGUCAGCAUGGGGGUGGAUCAUAUCCUUCGAGGCCUCAGCCUCCCUACCAGAAACCUGGUACGCCUCAAACUGGAUCAAAACCACCGAGUGGAUCUUCACAUCCUUCUCAACCACAACAUCCUUCGGGAGGUGGAUAUCCUUCCAACCAAGGUCAGCAUGGAAGUGGAUCAUAUCCAUCAACAACAAAGCCUCAACCUCCCUACCAGAAACCUGGUACAUCUCAAACUGGAUCAAUACCAUCGAGUGGACCCUCGUAUCCGUCUCAACCACAACAUCCUUCGGGAGGUGGAUAUCCUUCAAACCAAGGUCAGCAUGGAGAUGGAUCACAUCCUUCUCAACCACAAUAUCCUUCAGGUCCAGAAAGUGUCUAUCCUUCUAACCAAGGUCAGCAUGGGGGUGGAUCAUAUCCUUCGAGGCCUCAGCCUCCCUACCAGAAACCUGGUACGCCUCAAACUGGAUCAAAACCACCGAGUGGAUCUUCACAUCCUUCUCAACCACAACAUCCUUCGGGAGGUGGAUAUCCUUCCAACCAAGGACAGCAUGGAAGUGGAUCAUAUCCUUCAAGGCCUCAACCUCCUUACCAUAAACCUGGUACGCCUCAAACUGGAUCAAAACCACCGAGUGGAUCUUCACAUCCUUCUCAACCACAACAUCCUUCGGGAGGUGGAUAUCCUUCCAACCAAGGUCAGCAUGGAAGCGGAUCACAUCCUUCUCAACCACAAUAUCCUUCAGGAAGUGGAUACCCUUCUAACCAAGGUCAGCAUGAAGGUGGAUCUCACCCCUCAACGUCGAAACCGCACCACCCACAUCAUAAACCUACCCAUGGGCAUGGGAAGCCACCGCAUGGACAGAGACCAUCACACCCAUCUCAUAAACCGGGGAAACCCCAAAGUCCAACUUCUGUUCCUCCCCAAAGCGGAUCACAACCAUCUACUGGACCUCCGCAUAAUGUUCGACCAGAACAUAGUCCGUCCACCUCAAAACCUGGUAAACCGUCUGUACCAGCAUUUGUGCCAGAUCGCCCGCCGACGUCAAAACCUUUUAAACCAUCGCAUCCACCCUCUACUGGUCAUCCAUCUCCAAAUACUGACAAUUUCGGACAGGGUGGCCAAGUCCCAAUAUAUCCAACUAGACCGACUCUUCCUUCAUCAGGAUAUCCUGAUUCUUCAAACUAUCCAGGAAACUCAGGUUCAGGUUAUCCAGGAACAGAUUCUAAUUCUGGAUAUCCAACGAAUUCACAACACCCUGGUAACGGAGUUCCAUCAUACCCUGGAUAUCCAGAUCCUGAUGAUCCUAAUUACCCUGGCUUUCCUCCAGCACCAACGGGUCCUGUGGGACCUACUGGACCAACAGGUACUUUCCCCGGUGCACCUAAUGGUCCAGAAGGGCCAGGAGGUCCGGGAGGUCCAGGUGGCCCAAUUGGUGGAACAGGGCCAGUAGGAGGAGUUGGAGGUAUUGGUGGAGUCGGUGGGGUAGGAGGUACUGGACCAGCUGGUCCUGAUGGCCCGUGGCCUACAGGAGAUCCAGGACCUGAUGGUCCAUGGCCAGGAGAUCCAGCAUAUGGUAAGCAACCAAGAACGAACCAAAACUAUCAAAAUACAUACUCUGAUGAAGAAUCUCCAAUAGACUCCGAACCAGAGCUUUAUGAAAAAUCUAUAGAAUUUUCCUCUUUGAAACAAAAGCUUGAUGAUCAAGGUUAUAGCUAUGAAAAACCUAAACAUUCUUUUAACGAUCAUCUUCAACCCGCUCCAUUUUCUUUAUCCGAAAAUUCACCUUAUCCAGUAGAUGAAUCUAACAAUAAAUAUAUUGAAAAACAAAACGAAAAUAGCCAAUUCGAGUCACUUGAACGCUCAAUGCCAUCAGACAUAACAGCUGAUGACUUACCACUAAUCAAUCAACAGGAACAACAACAACCACUCGAACGUAAAAUUACUAAAAAUUUUAAAAAAUCAGGACGCAGUGAGUUAUCAUCUGAAGAUCGAGUAUCAUACAAUCCAGACUCCGAAUUUGCCUACCAUCUAUCAAAGUACAAUGAAAAAUUUCAAAAAUUAUCAAAACAAUCUCAAGAUGAAAAUAAUGCAGAUUUAGAACUUCCUAAUGAAAAUGGGCCAGCAGUUGAAUUGGAAAAAAUAAUUAAAAAUAAACAAUCAUAUCUAUCGAAUAAUGUGGAACAAGAAUCGACAGCAAAACAAACUGCAAACAGCAUAGAGUCGCCGGGACCAGUUCGUAUUAAGCCAAUUUCACUACCUGUUGGUCCAAAUCCCGAAAUGUGUCCUUGCUAUAUAGUUGAAUCAAAAAAUUCAACAGAUUUGACAACAACUACACCAGCACCAGUUUUCGAUCCAUCAAAUGACACUCCAAUUUACGGACAACUCGGAUUUAUUCCAGUUAUAUUUGUGCCUUACUGUCCAGGCGAUGAGAGCAAGACAGAAAGUAUGACAAAAGCCAUGUUCCCCUCGGCAACUCCAGUUCCCUAUCCCUGUAGUAUUUGCAGUGGCAAGGAGUCCGGAUUCAUCGGAGGGAAAAUUCUAGACCUAAGUCAACUAAGUAACAUCAAAGCCAUCAAACACGUCAUCAGUGAAGCGAAUUUCGGCUUAUUAAACAUUCCUGUCAAUACUAUUAGCGAUCGUUACUCUCGACGACACACUAAACAAAAAAAUAACUCUGACAACAAUUAAAUCAACCACAUACACAAAAUACAUGGACAACAAUAAAUGGAUAAAAUCUAAUUAACAACACCAGGUAACUGUCAAAAUCUAAAUGGGUGCGCCCACAUGAUUUGUAGACCGCUAAAACGGUUAACAAGUAAACUUGGUUAAAUUAAUUGUCCGACUGACACUUGAAUUCCAUCAGACGCAUCAGACAAUACUGAGAGCAUGAGUUGAAGCUUUCACUCCAAUUACUCUCUUCGUCUCUCUGAUGUUCCUUUGACAUAUAUUCUAAAACUCUUGACACACUAUUAUGUGUUAGUUAAGGUACUGUUAUUCUCCAGGGGACUUGUAACUUUAUAGUUUUAGACGCCAAUGACUGAGGAUUGAUAGUAUUGAGAUAAUCGAUACCUUAAUACAAAAUUAUCUGCCACUCAACUCAUGUUCUACCAUAUUUAUAUUUUGUUAUCACAAGGACGUUGAUUAAACAAUAAUAAUAACAUUAACUUUAUUCUAGUUUUGAUAAAUAUACUAAAUUUAAUAUUAAUUUAAAUGUAACUAUGUCCUUAUGAUUUCAAAAUAUUGAAUUAAGCCAGAUCGUAUAAUUGAAGAAAAAAAAAUAAUAAUAUACAUUCUGGCUUUAGAAUAAACCUAGUUUUAGUUACCAUAUUUUUCAUACUUGAGAUUACUUAUUAUAAGAUUGCGAUUAUAAACAUAAUGUUACGUAUUAUAAUAAUUGAUUAAUUAAAGAUUUUUAUUUAAA